AUGGACUGUGAAAAUUUAGAUACAAGUAAGAAUUUUUCUUCUUUUGAUAGUGGAAUGGAAGUUCUCGAUACCAAAUUGCAAGGCAUGACAAUCUUUAAUGAUCGUACCAACCUACGUCAAAAUGUGACGCUGCCUAAUCUAGAGUUGUUUAAAAAGCUAGGAGAAUUACUGAGGCCAACUUCAAAUCAUAGAUUUCAGAUUACAAGUCGAAACCAAGAAUCCUUGAAUAGCGAAUCCACAGAUGUAAUACCUAUGAACAAAGCGGCCUCAAGGGUUGGACUUUCGUUUCUCCCAGAACAAAGAGAGGCCAUAAGCCGUAGAAAUGGAGGUAUUUUUUCAUUGAUGGUGAUCGGGUUGGCCGGUAGUGGGAAAACUACAUUUAUAAAUACGUUGUUUGGAACUGAUCUAAUUAAUACUGAUCGAAAGAAAGACACAAACUCCACUACCAAGAUAGCAGCACACUGCUUUGAGGUGGUUGAGAAAGGGUUCUCGUUGAAGAUCAAUGUUAUAGAUACUCCUGGAUUUGGGGAAUCAGUCGAUAAUCUGUUUGCUUGGGUGCCAGCUACAAAAUAUCUUGACGACCAAUUCAAAGUACAUUUACUUCAAGAAGAACAACCGGUUCGAAAAAAUGGGGUUGACAAACGGGUCCACUGUUGCUUGUACUUUAUUAUUCCCAACGGAAAAGGUUUGAGUCAACUAGAUAUUUUAUCAAUGAAGGAAUUAUCCAGGCGUGUCAACCUUAUUCCAGUGAUUUCGAAAAGUGAUACCUUUGGUGCAGACGAGGUGAAGAAUUUCAAGUCCAUCAUUAAUCAAACACUAGAAUUAAACAAUAUUACGAUUUGUGGCAAUAUAUUGGAUCAAAAUGUGAAAGACCAGAUACACUCCCAUAUACCAUUUGCAGUCAUGGGCUCCAAUGAGUAUCAUGAAAACUCCCAGGGAAAGCUAGUUAGAGGAAGGAAUUAUAAAUGGGGCUUUGCUGAAGUCGAAAACCCUACGCAUUGUGAUUUCAUUUAUUUGAGAGAAGUAUUGAUGGGUAAGAAUAUGUUAGAUCUUAUACUAGCAACAGAAAUGCAUCAUGAGAGUUUCCGUAGCCAUUACUUGGGUGACAGGUUUAAGGAAGCAACCAAGGAACAGCCCAUGAGUGACACAUAUAUACAGAGAAUGGAUGGCUUAGAACAACUGAUUUAUUUCCACCAAAAGAUAUUGGCAUCUUAUGACGAUACAAUGAAGGAAGAAGACCCAAUUCUCUUAGAUAAGCAAAUUAAAAUGAAGGAAAAAUUUGCCGGUAUAAUUGCAAAUCAAGAACGAAGAUUUAAAGACUGGAAAAGGGCUCUAAUCGAAAAACAAAAUAUUUUCAAUCAUGAUAUAGAAAAACUUCACAACAAGAUCAUUAAAUUACAAGAUUUAAUUGCCCACUUAGAAUCGGGUUACGUUAUUGAUAACGAAUCUGAUUAUGAGUCGAUAGAAAGCAAUAAUGAAACUAUUAAAAGCGAAAAGAAAGGUUCCAAAAAUUCUUUUAUAGACUACGCAUUACAAUCUUAA